GUCACCGCUGGACUGGUUCGACGUCGGUUUCCUGUUGCAGUGAAGAGCGGCGUCGAGACAGACAGGGAAGACUCAUCACCACCUCCUCCAAUAACUACACCAUACAAUGAAACUAUUAGCAAUAUUUCCCUCUCUCGAUAUCCGCUUCGCCACGGUUAUACUGCUGGUGAUGGGCCUCUCUACUCCUGGACAAGCAGAAAUCAUCAGUCUGGACUCGGGCAAUAUUGAUGACAUCCUAAAUAACGCUGGCGUGGCAUUAGUGAAUUUUUACGCAGACUGGUGUAGAUUUAGUCAGAUGCUCCAUCCAAUUUUCGAAGAGGCAUCGAACGUAGUGAGGGAGGAAUUUCCUGAUACCAAGCACGUGGUGUUCGCCCGCGUCGACUGUGACCAACAUGCGGACAUAGCCCAGCGCUACCGCAUCACCAAGUAUCCCACACUCAAGUUGUUCCGCAAUGGGAUGAUGAUGAAGAGGGAGUACAGGGGUCAGAGGUCGGUGGUGGCCAUCGCCGACUUCAUCCGCCAGCAGCAGGUCGACCCCGUGAAAGAGCUGCACUCGAAGGAGGAGGUUAACACUCUGGAUAGGGGCAAGAGAAACAUCAUAGGUUACUUUGAAAAAAGGGAUUCCGACAACUACCACACGUACGAAAAAGUUGCCAACAUCCUUCGAGACGACUGCACGUUCUUGGCUUCCUUCGGCGCUGUAUCUGAGUCUGAGCGCUUCAGCGGAGACAAUGUGAUCUACAAACCUGUGGGCGAGAGCAUCCCCGACAUGGUCUACCUCGGCUCACUCACCAACUUUGACCUGACGUACGCUUGGGCCCAGGACAAGUGUGUUCCUCUCGUUAGGGAGAUCACCUUUGAAAACGGAGAGGAGCUGACCGAAGAAGGAAUCCCUUUCCUCAUCUUGUUCCACAUUAAAGAAGACACAGAGAGCUUAGAGAAGUUCCAGCACGAAGUGGCUCGUCAGCUCAUCAGUGAGAAAGGGUCUAUAAACUUCCUUCACGCGGACUGUGACAAGUUCCGCCAUCCCCUGCUCCAUAUCCAGAAAACCCCAGCCGACUGUCCUGUCAUCGCCAUAGACUCAUUUAGACAUAUGUAUGUCUUCCCUGAAUUUAAAGACCUCAACGUCCCUGGAAAGCUGAGGCAGUUUGUUUUGGACCUUCACUCCGGCAAACUUCACAGAGAGUUCCACCACGGCCCUGACCCCACAGACACCACGCCUGGACAGGAGCCGGGUGGAGAAGCAGCCAGCAGUCCACCGGAGAGCUCCUUCCAGAAACUGGCACCCAGCGAGACUCGCUACACCAUCCUCACGCGGGACCGCGACGAGCUGUGACCUCAACGGCCUUCCAGUGAUCCUGUGACUCAAUGCCACGUCCCGGGGUCAGGGAGGGGGUUAGGGUUGGGACAGGCCAGCGGGACAGAACAGCAACACCCAACACCCUUACUAAAGAAAGAGAGAGGAGGAGGAGGAGGAGGAGGAGGAUGAAGAAGAACAGGAUGCAGAGGAGAGUGCAGUCCAUGACACAACCAUGUUGGAAUAACCUAUAUUUUCAUAACUCUUUCACGUACAAUUUUUAUUUUGAAUUAAAAAGGAAUCGGGAUAAAGAAGAAAAAUGUGUGUGGGCAGGGGGGCGGGGGCUGGGGGCAUUAGGACCUCAAAAGAAGUGUUUUUACGUUUAUUUUUUUGGAGGUUGUAAAUAUGUUUGUGCUACAUUGGAAUCGCAAUGUCGGUCUAAAUUAAAUGCAGAGUCCUCUUUAUUUUA